AUGGCUGCCGUGACCAGAAUCCUCUCCUAUGCGAGCAACAAACCGUACCGAUCUCAAGAUAUUCAAUAUGAGCCCGCAUUGCAUCUGAACCAAGAUGGCUUUGUGGACUUUGCUCCCAACGAUAUCGAAAAUCCACGCAACUGGUCUCUGCCACGUCGAGUUACCAUCACCAUCACCGCCGUUCUGUUGGUCGUGAAUGCCACUUUCGCUUCAAGCUCGCCCAGUGGUUGUUUCGGUUCCAUCUCCGAAGAGUUCGGUGUAUCAACAGAGGUAGCAGGCCUCACCAUCACACUAUUCCUGCUGGGCUACUGCGCCGGUCCCCUCAUCUUUGCCCCGCUGAGCGAGUUUUAUGGCCGCCGAUGGAUCUUUUACAUCAGUUUCGCCUUAUACCUCGCUUUCAACUUCCUAUGCGCCUUCGCACCUAACCUCGGUGCCCUACUGGUCGGCAGAUUCCUCACGGGGACCUUCGUGUCUGCUCCUUUGAGCAAUGCGCCCGGAGUGCUUGCAGACCUAUGGGAUCCAUUGCAGCGCGCUAACGCCAUGGCUGGCUUUUCCGCGAUGGUCUAUGUCGGCCCAGCCCUGGGACCUGUCAUCGCUGGCUUCCUCGAGCUGAAGGAAGAUUGGCGAUGGAGCUUUUAUGUGCUUCUCUGGCUUGGUGGGCUGACAGCCAUACUGAUGCUGACCAUCCCUGAGACAUAUGCGCCGACGGUGUUGUACAACAAGGCUAAGCGAAUGCGAAAAGCGAGGAUUCCUGGCUACGAGGACGUGAAAGCCCAAAUCGAGAGCAGUGACAGAACGCUCAUCGAUAUCUACAAGGUUGCAAUGACUCGCCCAUGGAUCAUUCUGUUUGACCCGAUCUCCCUGCUGUGUGCAAUCUACAUGGCCGUCGUCUACACCUUGCUGUACAUGCUGUUCAGCAUUUACCCGAUUGUGUUCCAAGAGAAGCGAGGAUGGAAUUCAGGCGUGGGCGAACUGCCACUAAUUGGCACGGUUGUCGGCGCGUUGAUCGGCGGCGUGAUUGUACUGAUUGAUACUCGAAUCCGCCAACGCAAGAUCGAGAGGGGCCAAAAGACAAUACAAGAUACAGUUCCCGAGGACCGGCUGACCUUGGCGAUGAUUGGCGGUGUUGGGUUCCCUCUUACAAUGUUCUGGUUUGCAUGGUCCGCCCAAUACAAUGAGGUUCACUGGAUAGUUCCAACUCUCGCUGGGUGCUUCCUCUCAAGCUGCUUACUGCUCAUCUUCGUGGCCUAUUUGAACUAUCUCGUGGACUGCUACUUGAUGUAUGCCGCAUCUGCCAUCGCCGCGAAUACCAUAGCCCGAUCGGCCUGUGGAGCCGCUGCACCGCUCUUCACCAACCAGAUGUUCACCGCAAUGGGCGUCGGAGGCGGAGGGAGUCUCAUUGGUGGAGUUGCGGCUGUGCUAGCCGUGAUUCCCUUCCUUUUCUACAAAUAUGGCAAACAGAUCCGUAUCAAAAGCCGGUUUGCACCAGCUUUGGAUGCUCGGAGAGAAACGAAGACAGACGAAGAAUCUGCGCCCCAAAACGGUCCCAUGCAAAGUCCCGUCUCGGCCUCUUCUCCAAGCGGAACCUCACUGUCUCCGUCUGUCAGAAGUGCUGACAUUCAACGAGAGGUGACCACCGAAAAAUGA